AUGGCUAAGACACUCCCGUUUGGCGACCAGCAGGUCCCUGUUCCCGGCUUUGGGGCCAUGGGCCUCAAUUCUGCGAUGGGGACAGAUCUCAACCUUGAGCAGUCUGAGCCUGUUCUCCUGAAAGCUAUCGAACUUGGCUGUACGUUCUGGGAUACCGCGGUUGCCUACAAGGAUGGCGAAAACGAGAAGCUGCUUGGAGACUUUAUAAAGAAGCACAACGUCCGCGAUAGGCUUUUCGUGGCCUCCAAGUGUGGGUUUGACGUCUUUGGACCCGAACGGAAAGUGACGAACUCGGCCGCCCACAUUAAGGAAUACAUUGAGGGAACGAUUAACCGGCUUGGUUUCACCCCUGAUCUCUACUAUCUACACAGAAUCGACCCCAAUACCCCCUUGGAGGAAUCCAUCGGCGCCCUUGAUGAACUUCGCCGGGCGGGAAAAACAAAAUACAUUGGGUUAUCCGAAUGCUCUGCUGCGACCUUGCGCAGGGCACACGCAAUCGCCAAAAUCGAUGCCGUUCAAGCCGAGUACUCUGCUUUUGAGACGCUGCACGAGACGACUGGCCUGAUCCAGACUGCAAAGGAACUGGGCGUCGCCUUUGUGGCAUUUAGCCCGCUGGGUCAUGGCUGGCUUGUGGAUGACUUCCAGUACAAGUCUCCCGAUGAUUUUGCCCCUAAUGAUUUCCGACGCACUGUUCCCAAGUUCCAGGGCGAAAACUUCCAUAAGAACAAGGCUAUCGUUGACGAGAUCAAGAAGCUAGCAAUCCGAAAGGGUUGCUCAGUUGCGCAGAUCGCCCUAGCUUGGGUUUCGGCGCAAGGAUUGAUUGCAAUCCCAGGAACGACCAAACCAUCACGCUUAGAAGAGAACUGGGCAUCUCGUGACAUCGAAUUGACGGAAGAAGAGCUUACGGAGAUGCAACGGAUUGUGGACGCUGCGAAGCCGGUUGGAGAGAGAUUCGCUCCUAUCUUCCAAUCGAUGGUCGGUCAUUAG